GGCGCUUUACGGCUGUCGUACGUCUCAUCUGCGCUAGCAUGGAGGCCGAGGAGUUGGAGAAGGAAGUUGUGGGGCAGGAGCCUCUGGAAGGGACAGAUCAGAAAGCAGAGGCAGAGGAGGAGCAGGAGGAAUCUGAAGAGGCGGCGUGUGGCGCCAAGAAGCGGGUGGUGCCGGGUAUUGUGUAUUUGGGCCACCUCCCGCCCCGCUUUCGACCUCUGCAUGUACGGAACCUUCUCAGCGCGUUCGGAGAGGUUGGACGCGUUUUUUUCCAGCCCGAGGACGGGUUCGUGAGGCGCAAGAAGAAGGCAGUGUCAGCCUCAGCCACAGGAGGGAAAAAGCGGUCCAAGUACAGCAAGGACUACACCGAGGGCUGGGUGGAGUUCCGGGACAAGCGAGUAGCCAAGCGUGUGGCGGCCAGUCUUCACAACACGCCCAUGGGAGCCCGAAGGCGCAGCCCCUUCCGUUAUGACCUAUGGAAUCUCAAGUACCUGCACCGUUUCACGUGGUCCCACCUCAGCGAACAUCUUGCCUUUGAGCGCCAGGUGCGCAGGCAGCGCCUCAGGGCCGAGGUUGCCCAGGCCAAGCGUGAGACUGACUUCUAUCUUCGAAGUGUGGAACGGGGACAGCGCUUCCUCGCUACUGAUGGGGACUCUUCCCGCCCAAAUGGCUCCUGGAACUUUGCCCAGCGUCCUACUGAGCAAGAGCUGAGAGCCCGGAAGGCAGCUCGGCCCGGAGGAAGUGAACGGGCUCGCUUAGCUAAUGCCAAGGACCAGGCUCGUUCCAACCGAGGGCUGCUUGCCAAGAUCUUUGGAGCUCCACCACUUUCAGAGAGCACAGAGGAACCCUCACUAGUCAGGGACUCUUAAAAGGGAGAGAGACCCUUUCUAUCUCCUGGCCCUGCUUCCUGUCUACAUGAUAAUGACUACUCAGGCAGACAUUUCAUUUCUAAGACCAGGAAUCUCUAGUGGGUGCUUAGACAUAGACGUCUUAUGGAUCUCUGGUCCCCCCUCCAACUCCUGUUGCCUGGCUGAGGCGCCUAAUUCAUACUAGCAUGAGUAUGACUAACUGCAGAUUCCUAUUUUGUUUGAUUCUUGACUAUCUGCUUCCUGCCCAAUAGGCUCCUCUAAAAAUCCUACUUUCUGGGCCUAGGAAGAGCCUUCACUUCAUGCUGGAGUGAUAAUAUCUAAUGCAGAAAGCUAUUUUACUAACUGUUAGGUGAAGGGCAACAGCAACAUCCUUUCUAUUUAGAUAAGAUUAACAGGGACGGGUUAAUGGGGUGGGACUGCGUUGGGAGCCACCUUCCAAAUGUUUGUAUAGAAAAGAAAAAAAUGUGUUUGUAGUUUAUUGGAAAUGGGAGGUGUUUUGUAAGUUCUGACUUCUAUCUCUUCAUGUCCUGUUCACUCCCCUUAACUUCAUCCCCUGGUCUCAGAGACACCAUUCCUCCCUGACCCCUCUCAAUUCAGCCUGGGACCUUGUCUGUCUAUCAAAUUAAUUUCUUAGCCCAUUUUAUCAGUUAUCUAACCCAGCAUUUACUAAGUCACUGUAUGAGGACACAGGAAUGGUAGGUAAUAUAAUACAUGGCCCUUGGCAUUAAGUUAUAGACCACUAGAAAGGGACAGAUACAUAAGAAAUAAAUAUACAGAGGUACUACAGGCAUCAUUGUAGAUAUAUAUAAGGGAUAAAGUAGGGGCCAUGGGAGGGCAUGGUUGACUCUAUCUUGGAUGGUAAGCCAUGCUUAAUAUGGAGCUGAUUCUGAAUCACAGUCUUCCAGAGAUGGAUCACUUUCACCAGGUUUCUAGAUCAUUCCUGAAAAGUGAAUUUAAAAUCUAAAUUAACCUGGUUUAGUCCUGAUGUUGGAAACAAAGCUCCAUGGAUGGAGUGUUUGGUUCAAGAAACCAUUGUAAAGGCAGACAAAACCUAGGAGGUAGUCAGGCCCAAAUGAUGCCCCUCAGGGGCACUUUUAUGAAUUAAGGCUUAGAUGAGGGAGGGUUCACAAACAAUAUUCAAAGCAGCUCUGGAGGCCACAGAGUCUAUGUAAGCCACGAAGAGAAGCUGAAAAGUGAAGUGUCACGAUAAACUAAGGAAUUAAAUGAUAAAAACAAACAUUAAAACUGGGCAGGGUUCCUGGCUGGAUCAGUUGGUAAAGCAUCUAAAUCUUGAUUUCGAGGUUGUGAGUUUGAGCCCCAUGUCAAGUUUAGAGAUGACUUAAAAAUAAAAAAUCUUGAACAAACUGA